AGAGUGGACAGAGAGAGGCAUUGAGGAGGAUCACACACACAGUUGUAGGGAGAACACACGGAAGUAAAUUGCUGACAGACAAGCAGGGAUGGACCUGGUUUCAGCUCUCUCACUGGAAACGUGGGUGCUCCUGGUAAUCAGUGUGGUGCUCCUCUACCGAUACGGGACCCGUACACAUGGACUUUUUAAGAAGCAGGGAAUUCCUGGGCCCAAACCUCUGCCUUUUUUAGGCACUUUGCUAAAUUACUACAAGGGUUUAUGGAAAUUCGACACGGAGUGCUAUAAAAAGUAUGGAAAAACUUGGGGGUUGUUUGAUGGUCAAAUGCCUGUGUUUGCCAUCACGGACCCAGAGAUGAUUAAGAAUGUGCUAGUGAAGGAAUGUUUUUCUGUCUUCACAAACCGGCGGGAUUUUGGCCCAGUGGGGAUUAUGAGUAAAGCUGUCUCAAUAUCUAAGGAUGAGGAAUGGAAGAGAUAUAGAGCUUUGCUGUCCCCCACAUUCACCAGUGGAAAACUCAAGGAGAUGUUCCCUGUCAUUGAACAGUAUGGAGACAUUUUGGUAAAAUACUUGAGGCAAGAGGCAGAGAAAGGCAAGCCUGUUACUGUGAAAGAAGUGUUAGGUGCUUACAGCAUGGAUGUGAUCACCAGCACAUCAUUUGGAGUGAAUGUGGAUUCCCUCAACAACCCGAACGAUCCUUUUGUGGAGAAAGCCAAGAAGCUUUUAAGAUUUGAUUUUUUUGAUCCUUUGUUCUUGUCAGUAGUACUCUUUCCAUUCCUCGUACCAAUAUAUGAGAUGUUAAAUAUCUGCAUGUUCCCAAAGGAUUCAAUAGAAUUUUUCGAAAAAUUUGUGAACAAAAUGAAGGAAAACCGCCUGGAUUCUAAGCAGAAGCACCGAGUGGAUUUUCUUCAGCUGAUGAUGAACGCUCAUAAUAAUUCCAAAGACAAAGACUCUCAUAAAGCCCUUUCUGACAUGGAGAUCACAGCCCAGUCAAUUAUUUUUAUUUUUGCUGGAUAUGAAACCACCAGUAGCACACUUUCCUUCACCCUGUAUUCCUUGGCCACUCACCCUGAUAUCCAGAAGAAACUGCAGGAAGAGAUCGAUAAGGCUCUACCCAAUAAGGCACCUCCCACCUAUGAUACUGUGAUGGAGAUGGAAUACCUGGAUAUGGUGCUUAAUGAAACCCUCAGAUUAUAUCCCAUUGCUAAUAGAAUUGAGAGAGUCUGUAAAAAAGACGUUGAACUCAAUGGUGUGUAUAUCCCCAAAGGCACAACAGUGAUGAUUCCAUCUUAUGCUCUUCAACAUGACCCACAGCACUGGCCAGAGCCUGAAGAAUUCCAACCUGAAAGGUUCAGCAAGGAGAACAAGGGUAGCAUUGAUCCUUAUCUAUAUCUGCCCUUUGGAAAUGGACCCAGGAACUGCAUUGGCAUGAGGUUUGCUCUCAUGAAUAUGAAACUUGCUCUCACUAAACUUCUGCAGAACUUCUCCUUCCAGCCUUGUAAGGAAACACAGAUACCUCUGAAAUUAAGCAGACAAGGACUUCUUCAACCAGCAAAACCCAUUGUUCUAACGGUUGUGCCACGGGAUGCAGUUAUAACUGGAGCGUGAUUUUCCCGCAAGGAGUUCUGAUUUUUUUUAGAAAGGCAGAGUCUAAGAACAUCAGACAUUUUAGUUUCAUCAUGAGUAAAAUCGAGAUGAAUAAGGGGCUUAAUUGAUUGGUUUUGAUGCAUGGUUAAAGAUUCAGUACAUCCACUGAGCUUUCUCAGUGUCAGUAGUAGUUACCAUAUGAUACAAAGCACAUGAGUAAAUGAGUGACAGCACAGCAAAUUUACCUUCACUGGUUCUCAUGGGACCAUCUCCAUCGACAUCUCAUUGUCUCUGUUAAUUUCCUUUGAGAUCUUUUGAUAGUAACCUUAUGUUUGUAAUUUGAUCAAGAGUUUUUGAUGAAAAUGUGGGCUACUGUAACAACUCUAAUUGUAGAAUUGUUAUCAGAUGAUAUAGUUAUGAUGUUUUAUAAUAAAUGCUUCACAGAAAAUGUAAAUAAACACUGAGUUUAAAAUCCUCA